AUGAGCUCAACUACAGUUGAGACUGUCGUGAAGCCUUCCAAGGCAAACAUUGCUGUCUUCACGAAUCCCGCCCACAAGCUAUGGAUCAACGAGGCAGAACCAACAGUGGAGGAUGUGCAGAAGGGAGAGAGCCUAAAACACGGUGAAGUCACUGUUGCUAUCAAGAGCACUGGGAUAUGUGGCUCCGACGUCCACUUCUGGCACGCAGGAUGCAUCGGACCUAUGAUCGUGGAGGGAGAUCAUAUCCUGGGACACGAAUCCGCUGGCCAGGUUAUCGCGGUACAUCCGUCGGUGACACACCUAAAAGUUGGAGAUCGAGUCGCGAUAGAACCGAACAUCAUUUGCAACGAAUGCGAGCCUUGCCUAACGGGUCGUUACAACGGUUGCGAGAAGGUCCUAUUCCUAUCGACACCCCCGGUUCCGGGCCUAUUAAGGAGAUACGUAAAUCACCCAGCUAUCUGGUGUCACAAGAUUGGAAAUAUGUCAUACGAAAACGGAGCGAUGUUAGAGCCUCUCAGCGUUGCACUGGCUGGUAUGCAAAGAGCCGGUGUUAAUCUUGGUGACCCGGUACUGGUCUGCGGUGCUGGACCGAUCGGAUUAAUCACAUUGCUGUGCUGUCAAGCUGCUGGCGCUUGCCCUCUAGUCAUCACAGACAUUGAUGAAGGACGAUUGAAAUUCGCCAAGGAGAUCUGCCCGUCAGUCAUAACGCACAAAGUAGAGAGGGCGAGUGCCGAAGAUUCGGCUAAGAAAAUAAUAGAAUCUUUCGGUGGCAUCGAACCAUCACUGGCUAUUGAAUGCACUGGAGUGGAGAGCAGCAUAGCAUCGGCCGUUUGGGCUGUUAAAUUCGGAGGCAAGGUAUUCAUCACCGGUGUUGGAAAGAACGAAAUCAACUUCCCCUUUAUGCGAGCCAGCACUCGAGAAGUUGACGUAGAGUUCCAAUACCGAUACUGCAACACAUGGCCUCGAGCUAUUCGCUUGGUCGAGAAUGGCGUAGUAGACCUCUCAAAGCUUGUUACUCAUCGAUUCAAGCUUGAAGACGCUCUUGACGCCUUCAACACGGCAGCAGAUCCCAAGACGGGAGCCAUUAAAGUUCAAAUUCAAAGCCUUGAUUAG